UGCAGUGGCUUACUGGGCGGAGAGAGCUUCCUUCCUUGUCAAGAUGGCGGCUCCUUUGACACUACUUUUGAUUGUAGCCAUUACGGUCCGUGCAGCCCUGUACAGAUCCAGUUUAGCGGACCUGAUCUCGGAGAGAGUGGAGGUGGUGUCUCCGCUGACCGCCUGGAAGAGAGUUGUUGAAGGUUUGGCUCUGCUUGACUUGGGAGUCUCACCUUAUUCUGGAGAUGUUUUCCAUGAGACUCCGCUCAUCAUUUACCUCUUUCACUUCUUGGUGGACUACGCAGAGAUGACAUUUAUAUUGGCAGACGUGAUCACUGCUGUGGCUCUGUACCUCACCGUGAAGGACUACAACAAACAAGUGUUCAGGAAGCAGAAAUAUGCGUUGGAGGCCGACCGCUACCCUCUGGACUGCCUGGAGCUCAUCAGAAGCCCCAAAGAAAUGUUCUACAUCCCUCUGAAAGUGGCCAUGUUUUACCUGUUGAACCCGUUCACCAUCCUGUCCUGCGUCGCCAAGUCGACCUGUGGCCUGAACAACGCCGCCAUCGCCCUCUUCAUCCUCUCGACAGUAAAAGGAAAUGUUUUGCUGAGUGCUAUAUUUCUGUCCGUGGCUACAUAUCAGUCCAUCUACCCGCUCACUCUGUGCGCUGCGGCGCUGCUCUACUUGAUGCAGCGUCAGUACAUCCCGGUGAACUUUCGGCGGGCCAGCUUCUGGUGGUUCAUUGCUCAGUACGCCUUCAUGUACCUGGGCAGCCUCUUCGUCAUCGUCUGCCUCUCAUUCUUCCUGCUCGGCUCGUGGGAUUACCUGCCGUCUGUCUACGGCUUCAUUCUCUCAGUACCGGACCUGACCCCCAACAUCGGCCUCUUCUGGUAUUUCUUCGCCGAGAUGUUUGAACACUUCCGCCUCUUCUUCCUCUGCGUCUUCCAGAUAAACGUCUUCUUCUACACCAUCCCUCUGUCCAUCAAACUCAAGGAGCAUCCAGUGUUUCUGAUCUUCAUGCAGUUAGCUGUGAUUUCCAUCUUCAAGUCGUACCCCACUGUGGGAGACAUCGCUCUCUACAUGGCCUUCCUUCCUGUGUGGAGUCACCUGCACAGAUUUUUGAGGAACAUCUUCCUGGUGUCCUGCGUCCUGCUCGCCUGUUCGGCUCUGUUCCCCGUCCUCUGGCACCUCUGGAUCUACGCCGGCAGCGCCAACUCCAACUUCUACUACGCCAUUACUCUGCUGUUCAACGUGGCACAGAUUCUGCUGGUGUCGGAUUAUUUUUACGCCUUCUUGAGGAGAGAACAUCAUCUCACCUACGGAUUGUAUCUGAAGAGGAAAGAUGGCUCCGAGGCUACACUAGUUCUUAAAUAAAACACACGCAUACACACACACACCCACACACCCACACACACACCCACACACACCAGAAACUGCUCGAGGUCUCACUUAUCCUCAAAGGGAACAAACACAAACUGAGGAGGAUAAAAGCCUUUCAGAGACACGCUGGUCCUCAGACAGAACAAGUGUGUCUGGUACGACGUCGUAUGCAAAGAAGUCGCAACACACCACAUGACGGACACAUGCUGAGAUGGGAUGUAGAAAUCUUGCUCCUGCCAUGUGAGACAAAGAAAAUGACAACUAAACAUUUCCUUUCUGUUUCUCCUCUGGAGGUGCUUUUAUUUUGAAGCCUCACUCUCACCUGAAAGCUGCGCCUGCGAGUGCAGCUUUCAUUCUGAAGCCUUCUUCCUGCUGACAGCACUCCAGGAAUAGUUGGAUGUUGACGCUUUGUUUACCCCGCAGCUCUGCCCUGAACAGCUUUUUUUUUUUUUUUUUUGUUAGAAGGAAACGUCACUUUGCUUGGGCUUUUAUUUUGAAGCCAUGUUUUUCUGUAAACCCCACAAAAUUCAUAGAAAUCUGGGGAACUCCCUCUGAUUUGAUAAUUCCUGAUAUCCAGCUCUCCAACACAUUUUAUUUGUUUCAUUUGUUGUUCAAACCGGUUUCCUUUGUGGUGGGAAAACUAUUUUUAAGGAUUCGUCUGGAAGCCUAAAAAUGUCGAUUUAUCUCCCGUCUCUCUUUUUGUAACCACUUUCUUACCGUCUCAGCUGUCUUUCUUAACUUAUUUUUACACAGUCUGCUCUUUAAUGAACAAAUUUCAUAUGUUCAGUGUUGCAUCUCAUCUCAAGUGAAAACCAAUACUAACCUCAUCCUGGUACAAAACGUAAAAACGGUUCCCAUUAACUGAGCGAGCGAGUCUGACAAAGACGACACUGAAUGUGUUUUAACUACUAAAGUGCUGAAUUUCAACAAGUUAAUGUUGCCCUGCAGUCCUCUUGUGUUUACUGCUUGUCAAAAUUACAAGCUGGAUUGAUCUACCGUUCUGUCCAACAUGACUCAAACGCCUCAUUAUACUAACGGCGUCCUAAGUCCAUACUGCACACUGACUCUUUGCAGCAUGUGCAACGCACUAAUCAUUAUAGUAUACUGUUUUGCAUACUAAUACACAAAGAAAUCAACAUACUUUACCAUUUUAUACUAAUAAGAAAUGAUACAAACUUCUCACUGCCAGUUAAACUUCCCAAACUGGAGUUUUCCCACCACUAUCUGCAGUUUAUUCAUUUACAUCUGUAAGCUCCAUUUCUUUUUUGCAUUGCAUUGUGGGAGAAUAGUGUCCAUAAAACAGCUCAACUGAUUUAUUGAGUAUAUUUAGUCACUUGUCCCGUGUGAACACACAACAUACUGCUUUAGAUGAGUGUGUAGUGUGGGAUUAAGACACCACCACUUGAUAACGUUUCUCCCUUAAUCUGAAACCAGAAGACGAAUCAAGAAAAAAAACUAGGGCUGCAACAAAAAUUGGUAAAUCAAAAGUCCAAAUACCCAAAGAUAUUAGUUUACGAGGAUGUCUGGCAAAGAAUAGCAGGACGCUCAUUUGAGAGGCUGGAAUCAGAGAAUUCUGGAUUUAUUUCACUUGUUCUGCUUGAAAAAUGACUGAAACAAUUAAAUCAUCAAAAUAAUGAAUCGUUUCAGCUCGAAGCAAAACAUGUCUGCCUUCAGUCGAAGCGACUGACACUACAAGUCUUUCUUUAGGAAGUUGAUUCACACACCCUUAAGAAAAGCCUUAAACAGCCUCAGAAUUGUUGAUUGAUUUCAUUUGAAUGUUUUACUUUGAAGUCUACAGAAGAAUGUUUUUGCUUAAUAAUUGUUCAAAUAUAAGUUACGACAAAUUUCUCUCUAAAAAAUACUCUCAGCGGCAAAACACGAGCAAAUUAUUGUGAAGUGGUUUUCAUGCGAAAUGACGUUUAAGAAGUCAGCUUAACGUUUCACUACAUUUAUAACACAGAUACGAGUCUGUUCCGUUGCUCCAUGUUUUUUAAAAACACUUUGAUACCGAUGAGUGAAGAAGUCAUUUGUGAUAUUUAUUUGCUGCACUAAGAACUUUGCAAAGAGAUUUAAUUUGUUUUCUUUGAUUCUUUUUAUUUCAAGAAAAAGCAGGAGCUCUUCUGUUGUUUUGAUACUGUAUAUAUUUAUGUUUUGUUUUGUUACUGAUAUUGAAAUGCAAAGUUUGAAAGGGGUGAUGAUAUAUUUAAUGAAUGAGUCAUACAACAUAUUAUUAAACUUGAGGUGUUGGUUUUA